GGAGGCGGCCAGGGCGCUCUGGUGUGGGUGCCGAGCCCUGCCAGCCGCCGGUCGGCCCGUCCGUAUAUCCUGGAUGGGCGUAGACUCCGGAGUGAGAUGAUCCGGCAGUUGGCUCCGGUCUUCCAUUGCAUCCCGUCCCGGCACGCCGGUCUUCAGUCUUGAAAAAUGUAUCUGAGCUUACCAUCAACAAGCUUGCUUCAUGGUCGAUGGCAUGGACACCCAGCACAUGUUGGAAGUGAGGUAAGGUAUCUUAGGUAUGAUCAAGUGAGAUAUCCGGGAUUUGGAGAGAGACUUGCGGGGCACUGUUCCUACACCCCACUGCGCACACCAUUCGCAUCCAAUCUGCUGGACGCUCGGAUUGAAGCCAUCGUGAUCGAAGGAAGCUCUGCAGAUACCUGGACAAUCAGAAUAAAAUGAAGGCUGGCUGAUGCCUAAGCCGUUGUGGGACUGCUGGGCCAGCUGCCUGCUUAGUGUCCCGUGAUCUCGCGCUCUUCCCCUGGCAGGGGCCACUGUUGCCUGCUCGACAUGUCGCGCCUGCCAAUAAAACAAGCAGCCACGAGAAGGUUGAUCGAGUAUAAUUGCAUUCAAACUCAAGACCUGAUUCCAGCUUCCUUCAGGCUCUUGCGAAUUGUGUGGCAUCUCUGUUUGUUCAUUCGUUAAUUACCCUUCACCCUCUACAUACCUUUCUCCUCCCGUCAGAAUGCCGCCAAAACGCGCCAAGAAGGCUGCCGCUGCCGCAGCAGAACCUCCUCUCGAUGGCUGCAAGAUUGCCCUGAGCGGCACCUUUGCGGGCAUGACCCAAUCGGCUGUCAAGGCCAAGGCAGAGGCUGUGGGUGCCACUGUCAGCACCGCUGUCACCGAAGACACGACACACCUCGUGGCCACCGAGGCCGACUUCAACAAGCCCUCAGCCAAAGUCACCAAAGCACAGACCCUAGGCAUUCCCAUUGUCAGCUUUGAGUGGCUGUCGCUCUCUGAACAAAAGAAUAGGAAACAGGCUGAAGACGACUUCACGUUGGGCGGCACUGCUUCCACCAAGACCAGCACAUCGCGGAAGAGAGCUGCGGUUGACAGCACCUCCGACACGGAAACUGUUGCACCACCGGCCAAGAAAAGCAAGGAUGGUAAUGCCAAGGUUGAAAAUGGAGAUGUCAAAGUCGAAGAUGCUCCCCCAGAGCAGAAAAAGGCCAAGCAAGAGAAGGCACUUGGUGAGGGUCAGGUUUUGAAACGAAAAGACACUCGGAUUCCAAUCGAUGAUGGCUGUCCCUUUACGAGUUCGGUCGUGUACAUUGAUGCUGACGGCGUCAUCUACGACGCCUCGUUGAACCAAACCAACGCCUCCAACAACAACAACAAGUUCUACCGCAUUCAGCUUUUAGUGGAUCCUCAAGGAGUGUACAGGACAUGGACUCGCUGGGGUCGUGUUGGUGAUCACGGCCAAACCCAGGUUCCUGCCACAGGUUCGCUCGCAGAGGCCAUGAAGCAGUUCGAAAAGAAGUUCAAAGACAAAUCGGGCAUCGCUUGGGCCAACCGGGGCGACAACCCAAAGCCCGGCAAGUACGCUUUUGUGGAGAGGAACUACGAGGAGGAUUCCGACGAUGAAGAUGCGGCAGAAGAUGAGUCCAAGGACAAAACUAGGGCUGGCGACUGGACGCCGCCAAAGUGCAGUCUAGACCCUGCGGUGCAGCAUCUUUUGGAACUCAUCUUCAACCAGCAGUACUUUGCCAACACAAUGUCGGACCUCAACUACGACGCAAACAAGCUCCCGCUCGGCAAGCUCAGCAAGGCCACCAUCACGCGCGGUUUCCAGUCACUAAAAGACCUGUCAGAGCUCCUCGACGACAACACACUGGCGCAGUCCAAGUACUCCAUGACGUACGGAAAUGCCGUAGAACAGCUGUCCAACACGUUCUACUCGCUCAUCCCGCACAAUUUUGGUCGCAACCGUCCACCCGUCAUUCACACUCAGCAAAUGGUCAAGAAGGAAAUAGAACUUCUGGAAAGCCUAAGCGACAUGAAGAAUGCGGCCGAGAUCAUGAAGCUGGACAAAGUGGGCAACUACGAUGUCCACCCCCUCGACAAGCAGUACGAGGGUCUGAAGAUGAAGGAGAUGACUGUCCUUAAUCCCGCCACUCAAGAGUUUGCAGAGCUCAAAAACUAUCUGGUCAACACACGUGGGCACACCCACAAUCACAGUUACCAAGUCGAAAACAUCUUCCGCAUCGAGCGCCAAGGCGAGAAGGAUCGAUUCGACGCCAGUGUGUUUGGCAAGCUCAACCAAAACAGGCGCCUGCUGUGGCACGGUUCUCGCGCAACCAACUUUGGUGGUAUUCUCAGCCAAGGUCUUCGUAUUGCUCCUCCAGAAGCACCUGUGAACGGCUACAUGUUCGACAAGGGCAUCUAUCUUGCCGACAUGGCCUCCAAGUCUGCAAACUACUGCUGCUCGUAUCAGUCUGGCAAUACUGCUCUUCUUUUGCUGUGCGAGGCUGAACUGGGUGACCCCAUGCAGGAGCUGCUGCACUCUUCUUACAACGCCGCCAGUGAGGCCAAGCAGAAGGGCAUGAUUUCCACAUGGGGCAAGGGAACAAACGGUCCACUGGCAUGGAAAGAUGCUAGCUGCGUGGAAUCUUCUCUGAAGGGUGUUAUGAUGCCCGACACGGCCACGAAGAUGCCAGGGAAAACCGGCGUGGCAGGAGCCAGCUUGCUGUAUAACGAAUACAUUGCCUACGACGUGUCACAAGUCCGCCUCCGUUACCUCUUCCGGGUUAAGAUGUAGAAGUGUGCGCGUCUUAGGGACAAUGAGUGAUGGUGGGAGUAUGGUGUUGGUGGCUAUCUUGGCUUCAUUUUGGGGACCGCGGCAGCGUCAAUGUGUACAAGGUAGGGCGGGGGCGAAAACGGUUUCGGUGAGAGGUAGAGCUAGGGAUACAUUUGCUAAUAUUGCGCCAUGUGCUAAUCAAAUCAAACAUGAACUAGUGAGUUGCAGGAGUACUGUGCUCUCACCUGUCGUGCGUGUUCCAUCUGCAAGCAUUGCCCUCAGUCC